AUGUCAACCAUCAGCCCUGAAUACGAUUACUUGUUUAAACUCCUGUUGAUCGGUGAUUCUGGCGUCGGGAAGUCAUGCCUCCUGCUGCGCUUUGCGGAUGACACCUACACAGACAGUUACAUCAGCACCAUCGGGGUGGACUUCAAAAUCCGGACCAUCGAGUUGGAAGGGAAAACCAUCAAGCUCCAAAUCUGGGAUACGGCUGGGCAGGAGCGCUUCCGCACCAUCACCUCCAGCUACUACCGAGGCGCGCACGGCAUCAUCAUUGUGUACGAUGUGACAGACCAGGACUCCUUCAACAACAUGCAUCUCUGGCUGGAGGAGAUCAACCGCUACGCCAACGAGAACGUCAACAAGCUGAUCGUGGGGAACAAGAGCGACCUCUCCAGCAAGAAGGCCGUGGACUACACCACGGCCAAGGAAUACGCCGACUCCCUCGGGGUGCCCUUCCUGGAGACGAGCGCCAAGAACGCCACCAACGUCGAGCAGGCCUUCCUCACCAUGGCGGCGGAGAUCAAGAACCGCGUGAGCAGCGGGCCCACCCAGAACGACAGCCACAAGCCCAACCUCCACAUCCAGAGCGGCCCCUUGAGGCAAGACGGGCCGGGCAAAGGGGAAGAGGGAGGGGGAGGCUGCUGCUAG